CAUACAUCACCACCAAAAACCAGCACCAGCAGUGAACCAGUUCGUGAACCUGAGCGAAACGCACGAGUUUUCUGAGGUGCUUGAACGUGCAUGCACCACUUUGUUGUUCAACAAAGAAGAAAAAGGCAACGCAAAACGUGAACUGUGCACAGUUUUAAAACAAUAUAAAAACUGAUAAAGUGUCUUGCACUUUGACCAUGGAGUCAACAAUUAGUUCCGGCGGCUCAAAUGCAUCCAGCGAAUGCGCCGUCGACGCUGGCGGCGGCGCUGGCUGCAGAAGUCGCUGCCGCAAUUUGGAUGCAACGCUCUGCGUGGGCAACAAUAACAAUGGCUUGCUAUCGAAUAACGGUAAUUCGACCCUCAGUCAGGAGGUUAAGGAUCUAUAUCGCGCUUUGUAUACUGUGUCCAAACAACUGGACGAUGCCAAGCGAAAUAUACAAAAUAUUGGACAACUGUUCCAUCACGAUAUCGAAGAGAAACGCGCAAAUCUUGUGCAGCUGUGCAAACAAAUAAUAUUUAAGGACUACCAAUCGGUGGGCAAAAAGGUACGCGAAGUGAUGUGGCGUCGUGGCUAUUAUGAGUUUAUAGCUUUCGUGAAGAAGCAUAUGCAUAAGCAAGGCGCCGAUAAGGAGUGUAUGCAGAAACUGGAGCGCUUCCUUUGCGCCGGCAUUUUCAAUUACAAGCGGCUGUCGGCCAAAAUGGAGGAGAUCUAUGACUUGGACUUGAAAUACUUGAUUGACUUCUCCAUUAUAAGCGAAGGCUAUAUCAGCGAUUGUAUCAGUGAUACGGCAGUCAGCAAAGAGCUGGAACCCUCGCAGGCUGCGGUCGAUAAGAGUUUGGAGGCAGUCUCCUUUGCCUUGGAUACCAUACACUCGUCCCUCUUGAGCCUCGGGGAUUUGCAUCGCUAUUUUCUGGACUUUCGCAUCGAUAGCCAGCUCAGUUUGAGCAUCAGCAAGGAGCAGGUGGCCAAGUAUUAUCUGGAGGCAUUCAAGCUGAAUCCUGCCAUUGGAAUGGCCCAAAAUCAACUGGGCACUCUGUAUUAUGGACAGAAUUAUGAUCUAGACUCGACCUAUCACUAUUUGUACUCGUUGGUGUGCAUCAUACCCUUCGAGCUGAGCGAGAACAACUUGAACAAGCUCUUCGCCAAGCACACGGAGUAUCUGGAGCAAAUGAAUCCGGCUAAACUGGAAUUUAAUAUCGAGGAUUUCUAUGCACGCUUCUAUCUGAUUGUCGACAUAUUCUUCUUCGACAAGGAGGUACCAGACUUCAAUUCCCUUUGCCAUUGCGUGCUGAUCGACUUGCGCAAGAUUCUGUGCGCCCAGCUGCUGCCGGUGCCCGAGCAGAGCAUCUUUAAGAUCAUCUCCAUACUGUUCUUCUGCCUGUCCAAGUUGAAGAUGAUCAACUCACCCAAAGUCUAUUCGCUGCACGCCUUCCUCGUGGCCGCCUGCUCCGAUCUGAUAGACGCCUGUAUUGUGAACAUUGAACAAACAAUUCUGGCACGCGCCGCAGAUAAUGAGAGUUUCCAGGUGGAAUACGAGAAACGUUUCCAGGACUUUGAUACAACAGUGCGUAAAUCGCGUAAUGAAUAUAAGAACUGGCUGGCCGCCGUCGGUGAGUGUGAGCGCAAGGAUAAGAAGCUGAUGGCACGACCACACUCCGCCAAGGACUUCAGCUCCGAUUCACGGGAUAGCCAACAUUCGGCAGAUGAGGGUUGCGCCAAGACACAAGAGGCACCCGACGCUGACAAACUGGGCGGCACGGAACCCAUCUCCACGCGCUCCAGCGACGAGGCCAAGGAGAGUGAUCUAAAGACCCCGCUCUCCUGCAAGAGCAAGCGUCGUGGCAUGCGGUUGCGUCGACGUCGUCGUAAGAUUGCCCAGUCGGACGAUAGUUCGUGCUACGACAGCGAGAGCGACAUGGACACCGAUUUCUACAGUGACGAGGAGGACUACACAGACCUAAGCUCCAACUUCGAUACCGAUUUCAGUGACAUUGAUGCCGCCGAGCACGAUGAGGCGCCAGGGGCUGACUAUCUUAAAAAGGAGCGUUCUCCUCGUCAAGCCGCCGGUGCGAAUGUGUACUCGGACAACGAGGAUGUGGUCAUUGAGGAGGAGCGUCUUAUCUAUCCCGAUGAAAUGGAACGUCGUCCCGUUUCGCAAGAAGUGGAUUCCGAGGAGCUGCUGCGCAGCUUCGAAGUGCUGCAAUUGAAUUUCAAGAGUGCUGAGGACAAUCAAGCAGCUGCGGCCGUUGAGCCGGCAGCCAAUGUGGGAGGCGAAACUUGUGCACCUCCUCUGACCAUUACGGAGCCGCCGAAGAAACUGAUCUAUCGCAACAAGUAUACGAAGAUCAAUCCGAAUAUCAUAAUCGAUUGUCUGCACAAUGAACCAACAAUUCGUGCUUUGAAGAUGCUCUUCGACUGGCUGCGCAUUAAUCCAGAGAUUCUGAUUGGCUGCUAUCACUCGAAUCCGGAGUUCGUGCACAAGAUAAUGAAACUGUUGAACUACUGCAACAUUGAUAUAUUCACUCGGAAAGUCUACUUCGAGCGCGACCUCCUGACCACGAGCAAUGUGCGCGAGGCACUCGUCGAUCUGUUCGAUGUGCGCGCGAAUGUGCCGCUGAGCGAGGACUUUGCGUUCAAGAACUUUGACAUAUUCCAGAGCACACAGAUAACACUCGACUGGGAGACGAUCAUUCGGGAGCGUGUCACGCCCCAGGAGGAGUCGAUAUUGCGUAUAUUCAAGAUGGUUGACUUUGGGUUCUUCAUUUGCAAGCAGAAGAAGUUCAAUUAUCGUUUCUGCGUGAAGACGCGUCGCUUCACCGAGAACCAGAAGAAGAAGCGCGAGGAGAAGAAGGGCGGCGGCUCGCGUCGCCGUGAACGACGAACGGCACCGAAGACAACACGCAAGCGGAACGAGGGACGCACUCGCCGCUAUUCGGAUCGCAAGAAUGGCAUCGUGCGCAAGAGCUACACGAGCAACGAGGAGAAGGACACGGUGGAGGAGUGCCGCAAGCUGCCGCGCAAGGGCUAUCUGCGCAAUCGCAAUGCAGAGAAGGCCGCCGCCAUACUGGCCAGCGCCACGGGCACCUCCGUGGCAGGUGGCACCUCCGCCUCGGCGUCGACCACCACAAACAGCGUCAUCGAGAAGCUGAAUGUGCAGUCGAGCAGCGGCGCCGACGAGGAACGCUCCGAGGCGAUGACCAAAAAAUGUGAAAUUAUGGGCAAACUCUGGCUGCAGAACGAGGUGGAAACACUGGAGGAGGAGCUGCGUGAUAGCACCAGCCAUGUGGUCAUGUCGCCGUUUGUUGUGGUCGAUGCCAAGGCUCUGACCGAGUACAAUGGCAUUGUCAAGUCCUUGGUAAGGACCAAGAAGUGUAUUGUGUUGAUACCCAAUGCGGUGUUGAACGAACUGGAUGAGCUGAAGAAGCGCAGCGAGAAUGUGCGUCAUGUCAUACGCUGGCUGGAGCAGGAGUUCAAGCACGGCAAUCGUCAUCUGCGCGCACAGCGCGACAAUGAAAGCCAGCCGCUUUCACUGAUCAAGAUAUCACGCAAGAUAGAUCGCGAUGCAUCGGUUUUCAUGCAGAUCGCCCAGUUUUGCAAUCACCUGGUGACCAAUCAUGCCGAUCCGCAUGUGAGUGAGCUGCAGAAGAACGUCGUCACCUAUCUAUCCGGGGAUAAUUUGCACGAGAAGAAUCGCCAGCAGCAGAACUUUAGCUAUACGGGCAUACUUGAUUCGAUUCCCGUGCGCUAUGCGCAGAUCCAAAGCUUCUAUACAAAGUUCAAGGCUAACAAAAAAUGAGUGAGCCGGAGCGGACGCUAGGUGGCAAAUGCAUGGCAAAAAACA